AAAAAAAAGAUUUUGAAGAGAAAGUUCGCAUCCUACUUUCUCUCUCCUCUUUCUUCUCAAACAGCCCCAAAGCAAAUAGAAAAGAAAAACUGCACAGAAAGACAAGAGAGAAUUAAGAAGAGGACAUAACUAGAAGAGAAGAUCAAGAAAGAGGAAGAUAUCAUCAAUCAGGGAGAUGGAUAACCAUAGAGUAAUCAGCGAAGCCACAAACCAUAAUGAUAAUCAUCAUCUUUCUUAUUCACUUCUUCAUGGCCUCAGCAACAAUCCUCCACCUCCUGGAUUCAUUAACCAAGAUGGAUCCUCCAGCUUCGAUUACGGAGGGCUAGAAGAAGCAAUGGUUCUGCAAGGUGUUAACUCUAGGAGCCACGAAGCUAAGCCACGUUUAUUUGCCGGAGGAGGAGCUACGACUCUGGAGAUGUUCCCUUCAUGGCCAAUCAGAACUCACAAAAGUCUUCCGACUGAAAGUUCAAAGUCAGGAGGAGAAAGCAGCGAUUCAGGAUCGGCGAAUUUUUCCGGCAAAGCAGAAAGUCAACUGCCGGAGUCUCCGAUGAGUAGCAAACAGAAUCAUCAUCUCAUGCUUCAGCAUCAUCAUAAUAACAACAUGGCAAACUCAACCUCAGCAUCUGGACUUCCCUCUAGUUCUCGAACUCUAGCUCCUCCAAAAGCUUCUGAGGAUAAGAGGAAGGCUACAACUUCAGGGAAACUUCUUGAUGCUAAGGCAGUUAGCCUCCUGUUUAAAAACGUGCUUAAAAUUGAAUUAUAUCAGACAUUGAGACGUUUGGCCCAAAAUAGAGAAGCUGCUCGCAAAAGCCGUCUUAGGAAAAAGGCUUAUGUGCAGCAGCUAGAAUCAAGUAGGAUAAAACUUUCCCAGUUAGAGCAAGAACUUCAGCGAGCUCGUUCUCAGGGGGUGUUUAUGGGUGGCUGUGGUCCACACGGACCUAACAUCACUUCCGGAGCUGCAAUGUUUGACAUGGAAUAUGGGAGAUGGCUAGAGGACGAGAACCGGCAUAUGUCGGAGAUCCGGACCGGUCUGCAGGCUCACUUAUCUGACAAUGAUUUAAGGUUGAUCGUUGACGGUUACAUCGCUCACUUCGAUGAGGUAUUUAGGUUGAAAGCAGUGGCCGCGAAAGCCGACGUUUUUCACCUCAUCAUCGGAACAUGGAUGUCCCCUGCCGAACGCUGUUUUAUUUGGAUGGCUGGUUUCCGUCCAUCAGACUUUAUCAAGAUACUUGUGUCGCAAAUGGAUCUAUUGACGGAGCAACAGCUGAUGGGAAUAUAUAGCCUACAACACUCAUCGCAACAAGCAGAGGAGGCUCUCUCGCAAGGCCUUGAACAACUUCAGCAAUCUCUCAUCGAUACCCUCGCUGCCUCUCAAGUCAUCGAUGGUAUGCAACAGAUGGCCGUCGCUCUCGGCAAGGUCUCUAACCUCGAGGGCUUUAUCCGCCAGGCUGAUAACUUAAGGCAGCAAACCGUUCACCAGCUGAGGCAAAUCUUGACCGUUCGUCAAGCUGCACGGUGUUUUCUAUUAAUCGGGGAGUAUUACGGGCGGCUCAGAGCUCUUAGCUCUCUUUGGCUGUCACGACCACCAGAGACGCUGAUAAAUGAUGAAACAUCUUGCCAAACGACGACGGAUCUGCAGGUGGUUCAGUCAUCACACAACCAGUUCUCCAAUUUCUGAAUCGAAAUUGGAAUCUUUAUGACUAAAUGGUCGAGUUCCUUUGUGUUAAUUUCACUGGUAUUUUAUGUUGUACUUAAACGUUUAGCAAAAGAAAAUGUUGUGCUUAACGGGCGAAAUCCAUAACGAUAAAAAGCACUUGAUAAGACCCAUACAUGAGACUACCGGGCCUAAGAUGGGCCAGGCACUUCUUUGUGGCCCUAUCAUGUAAGCAAAAACGCAGGAAGAAGAUGA